AUGCGCCCCUCACCGGCACUGCUAACGAUGAUGUUUGGCACCAUAUUCGGGGUGUUCGGAGCUUCGCUGAGCAAGUCAUUACUGAACCAAGCGCCGGAUGAGUGUCGUUGGGAUGGUUACCGGGAGGAAGAUUUGACACUAUUGUGUCGUCUAAGGACUAUCAACAGUGAGCUGGAAAACACGAAUUUCAGUGUGCUACAUCCUGAAAAUACCAUCCGGUUGCGGCUUCAAUGCAACGAUGGGCUGUUCUUUCAAAGCAGCCUCAGUCCCGGUAGUUUUAAGCAGCUCGCUGAACUCCAUUCGCUAUCAAUCGAGUACUGUAAAAUUGCUAACUUAAGUGACGGAUCCUUUCGUGGGCUGAAGAAACUCGCAAACCUCACGAUACGCACGCACAAUACGGACUGGUCGUCAAUAAGCCUCGAAAUAGCGCCACAGGUGUUCAACAACGAACUAUCUAAGCUCCAAAGGCUCGAUCUAAGCCACAACAACAUUUGGAGCGUGCCGGAUGGUAUGAUUUGCCCGCUGAGCAGGCUUAACUACCUCAAUCUCACGCAGAAUCGCUUGCGUGAUCUGUCAGUGUUUCACUUCAGCGCUUCAUUGAGCACGAGAUUGUCGAAAAAAUGUGGCAGUUCCAUAAUCACCUUGGACCUAUCACACAACACUAUCGAUAAUCUACCUCCAGCUAUAUUCUCCGGUCUCGGCAAGCUCACCGAUUUGCGGCUGCAGAGCAACGGAAUGAAUUACAUCGCCGAUCGCGCACUCGAAGGACUAGUGUCGCUGUCCAGGCUAGAUAUUUCACUUAACCGGCUCACCAACCUCCCUCCAGAGCUGUUUUCCGAGGCCAAGCACAUCAAAGAAAUUUACUUACAAAACAACAGUCUGAACGUACUGGCUCCGGGAAUUUUCAGUGACCUACACCAGCUGCUGGUGCUGGAUUUAUCCAACAAUGAGCUUACGUCUGAGUGGAUCAAUCCUGCCACCUUCCAGGGGUUGGUUAAACUCAUUCUCUUGGAUUUAUCAAACAACAAAAUAACAAAACUAGAGCCAACCAUUUUUCGAGACCUGACCAGCUUGCAGGUCUUGAGGAUGCAAGAAAACUCCAUCGAAAGUAUAGCCGAAAACACCUUUUCCGAGCUCGGCGCCCUGCACACUGUAAUUCUAUCGCAUAAUCGGCUUUCCAUCGUUGACCAGUUCACCUUCAAGGGCCUUAAAAACUUAGCAUUACUUUCGCUAGACUAUAACCGAAUCUCACGCGUCGAUCGUCUAGCACUUCGUAACCAUUCCACUCUACAGGAAUUACACUUGAACGGCAACAAAUUGCUGCAGGUGCCGGAUGCAUUGUACGAUGUUCCGUUGCUCCGCACACUAGACCUUGGAGAGAAUCACAUUUCGAACGUUGAUAACGCCAGCUUCCGCGAUAUGGUGCAUCUCUACGGUCUACGGCUGACAGAGAACAACAUCGAAGUCAUUCGGAGAGGCACGUUCGAUGCUAUGCGAUCCCUCCACAUUCUAAAUCUGUCCCAGAACCGACUGAAAACCGUAGAACAAUCGUCGUUUGACAACAACACGAAACUGCAAGCCAUCCGACUCGAUGGCAACUACAUGACAGACAUCGCCGGUCUCUUCACGAAGCUUCCCAACCUGCUGUGGCUCAAUAUCAGCGACAACCAUCUGGAGGUGUUCGAUUAUGCGCUCAUUCCCACUGGACUCCAAUGGUUGGAUAUUCACGCGAACAAAAUCACAGAGCUCGGAAACUACUUCGAGAUUGAGUCACAACUAUCGCUGAGCACUAUUGACGCAAGCUCGAAUCAGUUGACGGAAAUCACCGGAAGUGCAAUUCCAAACAGCGUUGAGCUGUUGUACCUCAACGACAACCUUAUCUCGAAGGUGCAAUCUUAUACGUUCUUCAAGAAGCCCAACCUAACCCGGGUGGACCUCUUCGGCAACAAGAUCACGACGCUCGAUCCAAACGCACUGCGAAUAUCGGCCGUACCCGAAGACCGCGCGCUGCCUGAAUUUUAUAUCGGAGGAAAUCCAUACCAGUGCGAUUGCAAUCUCAAUUGGCUGCAAAAAAACAACGUUGACUCGCGGACGCAACCGCGGCUAAUGGAUCUCGAUAGCAUCUACUGCAAGCUGCUAUACAACCGAGGGCGAACGUACGUUCCGCUAGUCGAAGCCCAGCCAAAUCAGUUUCUUUGCAAGUACGAAACGCAUUGCUUCGCGCUGUGCCACUGUUGUGACUUCUAUGCUUGCGACUGCAAGAUGGAGUGUCCAAAGCAGUGCACCUGCUACCACGAUCAAAGCUGGACCUCUAACGUGGUCGACUGCUCACGGGCCGGCUACGAUGACCGAUUGCCCGACCAGAUUCCGAUGGAUUCGACGCAAAUUUAUCUCGAUGGAAACAACUUCCGAUCACUCAGCAGCCACGCGUUUCUUGGUAGAAAACGGCUGAAGAUUCUGUUUCUCAAUGGCUCAAACAUUGAGACAAUCAGUAACCGCACCUUUUAUGGCCUAAAAGAGCUCGAAAUUUUGCAGCUCGAUCACAACCUUGUAAGCGAGCUGAACGGCUUCGAGUUCGAAGGACUCGAUAAUCUAAAAGAGUUAUUGCUGCACUACAAUCACAUCACGAUGAUCGCCAAUCACACCUUCGAUCAUCUUCAUAACCUAAAGAUCUUACGACUGGAUCACAACCGAAUCGUGGAAUUCAACGUUUGGCAUUUGCCAAAGCAACUGAACGAGAUCCGUUUAGCUGCUAACCCCUGGCCGUGCGAAUGCGAUUUUGUAAACCGAUUCCAUGAAUACCUUAAAACAUACGACAUUGUUCGUGAUCGGCUCAAGAUAAGAUGCUCAAUGCAUGCGAUACGACUCAUACCCGGCAGCACGACUAACACCACUUCUCAAGUUCCCGCGAAUACCGCCAGUGGAGGAGACCCGAUGGUUGAGGGUUCAACCGGAGACUUCAUAGUCUAUCAUGAUAACAGCUCUUCUUUGUGCAGUGGUGUCACUCCGCUCGAGAAUGUGAUCAACGGAAAUCUGACCUCGCGAAAAACGAUUUUAUCGCCACAACCGAUCGAAGGCUAUAUUCCUUUGCUGGUAGCAGCACUUUUCGGAUUUUCGUUGGUGAUUAUUCUUACACUCGUGUUGUUCGUGUUCCGACAGGAAAUGCGAGUAUGGUUUCACUCCAAGUUUGGGGUCCGUUUGUUCUACCGGAAUGCCGACAUUGACAAGAACGAGCGAGACAAACUGUUCGAUGCCUUUGUGUCAUACAGCUCGAAAGAUGAAACGUUCGUCGCAGAAGAGUUAGCACCACUGCUCGAAAACGGUGACCCAUGUUACAAACUUUGCCUUCACUACAGGGAUUUUCCCGUCGGUGCGUACAUCGCAGAUAACAUUUUGCAGGCCGUGGAAUCCUCCAGACGUACCAUCAUGGUUCUCUCGGAAAACUUCAUCAAGUCCGAAUGGUGCCGAUUUGAAUUUAAAUCGGCCCAUCAUCAGGUGCUGCGCGACAGACGCCGUCGUUUGAUUGUGAUACUACUUGGCGAGGUGCCCCAAAAAGACUUAGAUCCAGACAUCCGGCUGUAUCUCAAGACAAACACGUAUCUCCAAUGGGGAGAUAAGUUGUUCUGGGAAAAGCUUCGGUUUGCGCUACCGGAUGUACCAAACAAUCAGCGUAGGCAACAUCAGCAGAAUAUUUCACUGACCCAUUCCAACAUUCGCAAUAGCUACCAGCUAACCCGCGCCCCUCCAAAUAAUCGAACUAAUAAUCAGCUAACAGUGCAACAUCAUGACCCACGAACUCAGGCACGAUCUGUCGAAUAUCAUUCAACUACAGCACAACCCUCGCAUAGCCAGCCGGUGCUCCCCACUGGCAUGCAAUCGCAACAGCUGCAGUGCAGCCAACAGCAGCAACCGCAGCAGUUACAGCAGCAGCAGCAGCAAGUGACUCAAGCGCAGUUGAGAGCAUUAGCGCCAUUAAAUUCGUCCCCUAGAACGGUCGGCAUCCACAUUUAA